AAAUAAAAGAGUAUAAAAGAGAUAAAAACCUCAAUAGAAGCAAUAACUCUACAGGACCUGAAGAAACAGCUCAACCAAAUAAAGCAAAUGUAGACAUUGACAGUAUAGUAAAUGGACUGGCAGCACUUAGCAUCAAUUGGGUUGAACAAGAAAAAUUGAAUCGAAGCGAAGUUGAAGACAUGGUUAAGAACCUUGUGACUAAGACCGUGAUGAAUUUAAAUAAAAGACACAAUCAACCACACAAUAAUAAGCCUAGGAUAUGUUAUUUGUAUUGCCAAGAAGGUCACAUUGUCAAAGACUGUUCGAAACAUGAUAAAGAAAAUGAUCAGAUCAACAAAGGCAUCACAUUCAAUAAUGCCGAUAUAUGUCUAGUUGAAUUCACAGAAACAAAAUUUGACGAAAGUGGUGAAUAUUUAAAG